AUGGCCACCCACGUUGUUACCGCCACUACCACUUCUCCCGUUCUCGCGGGUAAUCAAAUCUCCCUCUACGGUCAACCUACCCCUAUCAACUCCGCCGAUACCACCGCCAACAACUCCGCCAACAACUCUCCGGCCUCGCCUCAGCAGCAGUACCUUCCGCUCCACAGCAAGCAGCUUCGUCCAUUGAAGGGUCCUUUGUAUGUCCCCGCUGCUUUGCGCCCCAACAACGACCACGCUACUCAGAAAGUCUCCCCGCCUUCUCCUCCCCGCAGUGUCCACGGCUCCUUGGACAGCCUGACUGAGGGCGAGAUCGGCGUCCCGGCUACUCGUCGCUCCACCAUGGAAAGCUACAGCAGUGGCUCGACUGUCAGCAAGCUGGCUGAGGAUGAGUGGAUGAAGAAAGAAGACCUUGGCGAGGUGACCGGCCAGCCUACUCGUGAACACUGGAAAGCCGACUCUGCUUCUCCCAACUGCGAUUCUCCCACCUGUCGCUCUUCCUUCGGCAUCUUCCUGCGUCGCCACCACUGUCGCCAUUGCGGCCAUAAUGCCCGCUUCCACCCAGAGGGUGUCCCGUCGCGUGCCUGCGAUCUCUGCUGGAGCGCGUAUUCGCGCUGGGAGGAAUCGCGCACUGAGCGCCUUACCAAGAUCCAGACCCAGCUCGAUGCACAGACCGGUACCGUUGGCGAAGCCGACCGCGCUGUCUCUCUAGCCACCAAGCCCUCGCCGGUCGAGAGCCUCAAGGCCGCUGCAUUGAACGGUGUCCCCGGUCAAUCCACCGAGAUCGCGGCCAGCGUCCCUCGCGGCUGGAACUGGAGCACUUUCUGA